AUGCGCACUCCCUCUGCACCCGCUCCUCCUGCCACCCCUCCUCCACUCACAUCACACCGCCUCCCCCCACCCUCAAUCCCGCCGCUGCCUCCCCUCGCACCUCUCUCCUUCCCACCCCUCCCCUGCCGCCUCCCUCACCCACUCCUUCCCAUCCCUGAACGACUCAGAGGCGGGUGUUACCUGCCAGCAGAGGCGGGUGUUUACCUGCCAGCAGAGGCGGGUGUUACCUGCCAGCAGAGGCGGGUGUUACCUGCCAGCAGAGGCGGGUGUUACCUGCCAGCAGAGGCGGGUGUUACCUGCCAGCAGAGGCGGGUGUUACCUACCAGCAGAGGCGGGUGUUACCUGCCAGCAGAGGCGGGUGUUACCUGCCAGCAGAGGCGGGUGUUACCUGCCAGCAGAGGCGGGUGUUACCUGCCAGCAGAGGCGGGUGUUACCUGCCAGCAGAGGCGGGUGUUACCUGCCAGCAGAGGCGGGUGUUACCUGCCAGCAGAGGCGGGUGUUACCUGCCAGCAGAGGCGGGUGUUACCUGCCAGCAGAGGCGGGUGUUACCUGCCAGCAGAGGCGGGUGUUACCUGCCAGCAGAGGCGGGUGUUACCUGCCAGCAGAGGCGGGUGUUACCUGCCAGCAGAUGCGGGUGUUACCUGCCAGCAGAUGCGGGUGUUACCUGCCAGCAGAGGCGGGUGUUACCUGCCAGCAGAGGCGGGUGUUACCUACCAGCAGAGGCGGGUGUUACCUGCCAGCAGAGGCGGGUGUUACCUACCAGCAGAGGCGGAUGUUACCUGCCAGCAGAGGCGGGUGUUACCUACCAGCAGAGGCGGGUGUUACCUACCAGCAGAGGCGGGUGUUACCUACCAGCAGAGGCGGGUGUUACCUACCAGCAGAGGCGGGUGA